AUGAUGUAUGAAAAUAGCAUGAACAUUUCACAGGAUCCUCAACCGAACACGCAGAUGAUUCCCGUUGACCCGUUACCCACAGCUAAACAGGAAGCGAGAUUUAUUGAUAAUAAUAAAAUUCUUAAGAAUGAGCAUCAGUUCACAUACCAAAAUAUCCAUGGUCUAGGGAAUCAGGGUAUCAAACAGCUUGAACGGAUUAAAAUGUCCUUUGAGUCAGACCUGCUAGACGAAAUCAAGUAUGUUUUGAAUUUAUUGAUUGUUUUGUCUAACAAUAGCCCAUCCAAGAUUAACCUAAAGCAAGACUAUUCUUUCCUUGUUGACUAUUUACUCAAGUAUCUAGAAAAUCCGCAAAUUGAGAUCGAUGUUAAAAUUGAUUGUUUUCUAAUCAUUAGAAACAUUAUUCAGGAUAUUGAGAACUGUCAAACUUUAAGCUUAAACGAAAAACUAAGAGAAAUUAUUCUUUCAUUUUUGGACAUUUACGAAGACUCCGUCAACCACUUGAGUUUUUUCGAAAAUGACCAAUACAAAGAACUAAUCAAGUAUGCAUUGGAUAUAAUUGAGAAUAUAUCUUCGUACUUGAGCCCUAUUAAGUCCGACGAUUUAAUUUUCAAUAGGUUGAUCCGAAUCUUCAAAUUAAAUAACGACAAAAACACCUCAAUUACUAUCCUGAGAUCCAUCAGUAGGUAUCUCUAUGGAUCGUCUGCCACAACUAAUGAUGCAAGCACUCUUAUUGAUGAUGAUUUUCUGAACAAGACGUUGGGUUUCUUAAUUUUGGCAAACAACAGCAACACCAUAGAUGAUGAAGUUAUCCUAACUUCCCUAGAUUUUUUAAUCCAAUACUUAUCCAUUAAAGAAGAUAAUCUAGUAAAACUUGUACAAGGAGACGUCAAUAGAAAACUGAUCAUUGAAAAGCUCUUGCCGUUUCUGAUGAUUUACAAGCAAAAUUAUAAAACAGAAUUCAAUACCCAAAAUUUGAACUACCUUAGGUUGUAUCAAAGAGUUCUUAAAACCGGUGAUUUCAAUACAGUGAUUCCAACAAUGGGUACGGACGAUGAGAUUUUCAGAGAUUUGAAUAGUCUGAAAGAGCCACAAAGGGCCACUGCUUGGUUAAGAUGUUGUUUCAAACCUAAUAAAUACAGCAACAUAACACAAAUAGAACUUUGGAGAGCCUAUGAAUCGCAGUUUGAAAAGAAAAACUUAUUACCGGCUGUUGAGUUUAUCAAAAACGUACAGUUUGCCUUCCCUCAAAGUAAAGCCAAAGUAAUUCAAUUACCUAACGAUGGAGGAAGGAAGUUCAUUAUAGAUGGGAUUGAACCGAGAUUACAGGUUGUAAACUUAGAAAAAGGGAAGAAUGAUGCGCUUGUUAAUUACAAUGAUGAGCUCACAAAUAAUCCAUCAAAGUAUUAUAAGAAAGACUUGAAGCAGGCAGAACAGGUGGAAAUUGAAAGGUUCAAUUACGGUUUCAAUGACUAUUUGAAACUAAACGAAAUAAACAAGAGCACCUGCUUACUGGUGAAGGAGUUUCUGAAGUAUCCCCUGGGUGUUCAAAUGCUGAAGCCAUACAAGUUUGAAUUCAUUCAAAAUUGUAUCUAUGUUCCAGACUUGCUCAAUUACAUAUACGAUGAUAUUAUCAGUUUUCUCUAG